AGCGACAUAAUCAUCGAUUUUACCUCUAUCCAGUUGACUUCAGCAAAGUCCCAAAACCGUCGAGCAAAGCAGUCAUUAUCCAAACCAGCACGUCCAGCACAAUGCAAGCAGUCGAGAAGAGACGAGACAGUAACGCUGUUCCAAGGCAAGCUCACAGAGGACAUAAGGAGAAGAAGUUCUUCAAGUGGUUUCAUCGACGCUCUUCAGGCAAUUACAUCCCACAACUUGGUGACCGCGACUACUUCGAUCACGCAAGAUCCUAUGAUCUCGUUGAGCCUCUGAUGCCGCUGCUGGUAGCAGGAAAGCGACCAAAGCUCUAUCCAGAGCCCUACUUCGGAGCGUCACGAUAAAUCGCGACAGAAGGAUAUCGGGCGAACAGUACCGCAGGAAAACGGUACUUAGAUGACACUGCUGCCUCGGCUAAACGACAAAAGGUUUACCUCUGCUUUCCCGAGCAAGUUCGCAAAUUGGACUUGCGUCUGGGUUUAGCGAGGUUGCAAUAUCGUGAGGUGGAAAGACGAGAGUAUACGAUGAGCAAUGAGCACACAGAGACGAACGAAAACGAUGGCUGUAUUACUAGAGACGGCAAGAACUAAUGCAUAGACCUAAUCAUAAGGAGAGC